AGUGAUAUUUUUGACAUAACUAAAUAGUCAUUCAUUAGAAAGUUGAAAUGUCCGGAAUAAUUUCAAAUCGUCCGUCUAUCUUUAUCAUUUGGUCCGAAGAUAUUCUUCGUCGAUCCAUACGACGAGCAUUAAAAUUUAUGAUUAGAUUUCUUUCAUCGAAUGAUUUAAAAUUUCAUAGUUUGGAAAGAAAUUUUGAUGAAUAUUUUCUACUAUUCGAUCUGAUUUUGCAGUGGUCAUAUCUUCAUCGAUGGCAGGCAUCGUUUACCGAACAUUAUUUUUCACUAAAACGAUCGCCAUUUGGCCAGCAAUCUGAUAUGUUGAAAUCUCUUUUACAGCUUUGCCUGAUGCCAUAUGCAAUGGAAAAAUUGGAUAAUUAUUACGAAAAAAUUCACGAACAUCAUAUGUUGACUAAAGAUUUGAAUAAUGGUCAACACAAAAUCAUUCUUCAUUAUUAUCCAUUCGUCCGAAAAUUUGUGCAAUUAAUACGUCUGUUUGUUUGGCUAUCAUAUGCAACCGAUGGUGACCAUUAUCCACAUUGUCCUUCGUUUGUUUUCUUUUGGCCCGCCACUGCUGGCCGUAUGAAACUUGUACAUUCAAUGUUCAAAGAUGAAAUUCCUGCCACUAAUUUUCUAUCCAAACUUUCAUACUUGAUGAGCAGUAUUUUUAGUCUAACUUUUCGUUCCGGUGCUUUUGCUAUACAAUUUCUUGAUUAUUGGAAUACACGUACCGAUUUAAGGCAAAUGUUUAACUUUCAACAUUCACCGGAUUUACCACCACCCAUUUCGGAUAAUAAAAAUCUUAGUCGAAAUCAUUCUAUGUCAUCGGAUCUAUGUCCGAUUUGUGGCCUUAAACGACAAAAUGAAACUGCCCUUACAUCCAGUGGUUAUGUAUUCUGUUAUACUUGUAUUCAUUCUUAUCUAAACAAAAAUCAUCGCUGUCCAAUAACGGGAUUUCCAUCCGAGCUUGAACAAUUGGUACGAAUUUUUUCAUAAUGCAACGUAUUAAUUUGGCACUCGAUAAUAUUUGUGGGUGUAUACGUUGAAGUGAGCCGCUCGUUUUUUUUACAAAUUCUAUACGAAUUAUUGGUUCUCUUUUCGCUUGGAGGAGAUUGGUAAAUUAUAUUUAAACAAUUUCGACAAAAUAAAUAUUUAUUAGUAUUUUUUA